AACCCUGCUUGUAUAUGUCAACACAUACUGAAAGUUAAGCCUAUAGCCUAUAGACUGAUAAAGAUCAUGCAUGUGGAUAUUAUAUCCAGUGAAGCAAUGUGCAUGCAUGUCAAAGAUGGCUAGCUGUGAAGAAUACAAAGACAUUUUUCUAGAGGACUUGGAGCCAUAUCAGAUCUUGGCUCUCACUGCUCCACAGAACUUCACGGUGUGGACUGAAAGAGACUUAACAUGGAACGUUAUUUUCUAUGUGUACAGUGCAGUACUAGCUGUAGCUUUUCUGGGUCUGGGAGUUGUGUCAACAUUGCUGCUCUUCAAGAAAAACUGUGUCAGACUGCAAAGUAAAAUAUUUUUUACUGUAUAUACAUGCAUCGCUAUUCUCAGUUUCAGUCGUGCAUUAUGGUUGGCAUUAGAUCCAUUUGGACUAGUUGGAUUUAUCGCCACAUCGUUUCCUGGCUGGUUUAUCAUAUCGAGAAGUAUCGAGGCUCUUGGAUUCCCAAGCCUGAAUGCAAGCUACACACUGAUGAUUGUCGCCCUAUUAAAAAUCAACACAAAACCAGGAGAGUCGUGGCAUCACCAGUGGAAAAUCAUACUGCCCGUGGUGUUUGUCAUUUUUAUCAUUGUGAUUGUUGCCGAGGUUAUUGCCAUGUCUGUACACUAUCAAGGUAUAAUAGCAAUUCUAAUCUGCGAAUUUCUUUUGGCAGUUGCAGGUGUAGUAGUUUGUGUGCUAUUCUUGUUCGCUGGAAAUCGAGUGCUACGAAAACUCAACCGAUCAGAGACAAAAUCAAUGCGUUUGUCAGAUGGAUCCUCAUUGACUUUAGACCCCAACACUGCUGAACAUAAGCAGAUAUUUGCUAACAAAGAGUUACAGCGACAUCAAGCUAAAACUAAACGAACCAAACAAAAAAUUGUGACUAUUACAUACGCUACUGUUGUAUUUUCGAUCCUGUACUCUCUAUUAACAGCCGGAAGAGGAGUUCUAACCACACAUCUGUUUUUUGGCUCGUGCUUGGGAUAUCACGGACAGCAAGGUCCUUCUUCAGCUUGGUUGGUGCUAGAAAUCAGCCAGAGGGUGACUGAGGUAGUGCUAGCGUUAAUUCUACUCUAUUCCAUUACUGACAUGACAGUUGUCAUGAGAAUCUGUUUACGGACAUCGGCACAAGGCCAUAGAUAUAGCUAAGCUAAUUCUGUGCUGUGUGUAACUUGCAUAAAAUCCUACAGUGAUUUAUCACUAAGUGUUAUCAUGAACAUUUACUUUUAAUUGUGUGACAAAACUUCAUAAUAGCGACAUUAGCGUGCACGUGUGUAAAAAUGUGGAUGGGUAAAGAUCAUUAACUCAAUUUCUUUUAUGUUACAGUCA